AUGUCUUUCGACACCUCAAACAUCAAUCGUCUGGAAGGAAGCGCUGCAGAAGUCGGAGGUCUCGUCAUAAAGAAGAAGACACCCAAUAAUGAGGACGAGUUUGUGUUCAAAAAGCCGGGCGUUUCGCUGCUUGGGUUGGAUCGGUUGGCACAGGAAAAGAGACAAUUGAAGGCAUUGGAGGCCAUCGACAGCGAGAGAGACAGUCCCAGAGAUAGUCACAGAGACGGUCGGGACAGGAGUGACGAUAGAAGAGGUGAUAGGAGGGAAAGGGAUGACACGAGUGAGAGAAGUGAUAGGAGUGAUAGGGAUGAGAGAUACCGGUCGGACAGGGAUUACAAGAGCCGACACAUCCGUAAACAUAGAGUGGAGACGCCAUCGCAUUCUGGAGGACCACCCGCGGUAGCGGCUCCUAAUUGUGGGGAAGCGAGCGAGAGAUCUGAGCGCACCUUCACUCCAGACGUCAGAUCGACCGGAGAUUUGCGAAGUUCUUGGGAUCUGACGCCCCAACGAAUGGGAACUCCGGGAACACCCCGACCGACGCCAACCCAUUGGGGGAUUCAGAGGAAAAAUACUGAGAGAACAGACGAUCCUUUUGAUUGGGAAGAGGAUGACGACGAAGUGCGUCGAGUGGACCGGGAAUGGUAUGAUGAAGAGUGCGAUCAAAACCCGUUUGGAAAUAUGAACGAAGAGUUUAUUCAACGACGCGAAGAAGCGCUUAAGAAGAAUAAAGUGGUUCAGAGGAUUAGUGCCCAACAAAGACAAAUCAAUAAAGACAAUGAAAAGUGGGAAACGAAUCGACUUCUCCUCUCAGGAGUUGUCGUUCGCGUCAACGAUAAUAUGGAUGAAGAGGAAGAGGUGAAUGAGGGAAGAGUGCAUCUAAUGGUGCACAACAUAGUGCCGCCAUUCCUCGACGGACGCAUAGUGUUCACUAAACAACCCGAACCUAUCAUUCCUGUGAGAGACCCGACGUCUGACUUUGCGAUUCUGUCGCGGAAGGGCUCGGCUUUAGUUCGAUAUCACAGGGAAAUGAAGGAAAGGAAAAAGGCUCAGAAGAAGGAAUGGGAGCUUUCGGGCACUCGUUUGGGGGAUAUUAUGGGCGUUGAAAAGCCUAAAGACGAGACCGACUCUAACCUCGAAAAGAGCGAUGACUACAAAGCAGAGCAUCGAUUCAAAGACCAUAUGGACGAGAAUGAGGAGCAAUCCGAUCGCUUGAAGAUUAGAAAACAAAGACAAUUCUUACCGGCUUUUGCCGUUCGCAACGAAUUACUGAAUGUUAUUCGAGAUAAUAAUAUAGUGAUUGUUGUCGGAGAGACCGGUUCCGGAAAGACAACACAAUUGACUCAAUACUUACACGAAGAGGGAUACACUAAAUACGGAAUGAUUGGUUGCACUCAACCCAGACGUGUGGCCGCAAUGUCUGUCGCCAAACGUGUUUCCGAUGAAAUGGGUGUCAAAUUGGGCGAAGAAGUGGGUUAUGCCAUACGAUUCGAAGACUGCACUUCCAAUAAGACUAUCAUUAAGUAUAUGACGGACGGAAUUUUGCUCAGAGAAUCGCUAUCCGAACCCGAUUUAGACAAUUACAGCGCCGUUAUCAUGGAUGAGGCCCACGAACGGAGUCUCGAUACUGACGUCUUGUUUGGUAUUCUUCGUAAUGUUGUCGGCAGAAGAACUGAUCUCAAACUUAUUGUCACUUCCGCUACAAUGGAUUCAUCAAAGUUUGCACUAUUUUUUGGUAACGUUCCUGUGUUUAUAAUCCCCGGCCGCACAUUCCCCGUCCAGCUAUACUUCUCUAAGAAUUCCUGCGAAGACUACGUCGACGCUGCUGUCAAACAGACAAUUCAAAUACAUUUAGGAGGACUUCCCGGUGAUAUACUUGUGUUUAUGCCGGGACAGGAGGACAUUGAAGUGACGUGUGAAGUGAUAACUGAACGCUUGAAAGUACUAUCGGAGACAUCGCAGACAGAAACGCCUGAAUUGGCUAUACUUCCCAUAUAUUCUCAAUUGCCGUCUGACUUACAGGCGAAGAUCUUUCAGAAGGCAGAGAAUGGUAUCCGGAAGUGCAUUGUGGCCACGAAUAUAGCAGAGACGUCGCUCACAGUGGACGGCAUUAUGUUUGUCGUCGACUCUGGCUAUUGUAAACUCAAGGUUUAUAACCCGCGUAUAGGUAUGGAUGCGCUUCAAGUGUAUCCCAUAUCUCAGGCCAACGCAAACCAAAGGAGUGGUCGCGCCGGACGAACGGGUCCGGGAUGUUGUUACCGGUUAUACACAGAGACUCAAUACAAACAUGAAAUGCUGGCCAAUACUGUCCCUGAGAUCCAAAGAACCAAUUUGGCGAAUGUUGUGUUGCUAUUGAAAUCACACGGCGUUCAGGACUUACUUCAGUUCCAUUUCAUGGAUCCUCCGCCAGAGGACAAUAUGUUGAACUCUAUGUAUCAGUUGUGGAUCUUAGGCGCACUCGACAACGUCGGACAGUUGACCCCUUUGGGCAGAAAUAUGGUUGAGUUCCCAUUGGAUCCGGCGAUGAGUAAAAUGCUUUUAGUGUCCACCGAAAUGAGGUGUUCGUCAGAAGUGCUGAUCAUAGUGUCGAUGCUCUCCGUUCCGACCAUUUUCUUCAGACCCAAAGGCAGGGAAGAGGAGAGCGAUUUGGUGCGCGAGAAGUUCCAGGUGCCUGAGUCUGACCACUUGACUCUACUCAAUGUGUACCUCCAGUGGCAACAACACAAGUUCUCCACCCAUUGGUGUCAACAGCACUUCCUUCACGCGAAGGCAUUGAGGAAAGUGCGAGAAGUGCGACAACAACUCAAAGAGAUAAUGGAGUCACAGAAGCUGCCGGUGCUGUCGUGCGGCACCGAAUGGGACUGCGUUCGCAAAUGUAUUUGUUCGGCAUAUUUCCAUCAGGCGGCCAGACUUAAGGGUAUCGGCGAGUAUGUGAACUGUCGCACCGGAAUGCCCUGUCAUUUGCACCCGACCUCAUCCCUCUAUGGCAUGGGAUUCACUCCCGAUUAUGUCGUUUAUCACGAGUUAGUCAUGACUACGAAGGAGUACAUGCAGUGCGUGACUGCAGUGGAGGGCCAGUGGAUGGCAGAGUUGGGGCCAAUGUUUUACUCCAUCAAAGAGUCCUCAAAAUCCCGGUUCGAACGCAAACAACAGCAAAGAGACCAUCAAAAGGAUAUGGAGUUUGAAAUGGCUUUAGCGCAGCAACAGAUGCAACGCCGCAAAGAGGAAUCCGAUGCACAGAACACACUGAGUGUGAGGUCGACGCCUAUUGUGACGCCAGGACUCAAGCGACCCAACACUCCGGCCACUCCUCGCCGAACGCCUUCCCGAUUCGGCCUUUGA